GAUACAGUGUUUUACAUUUGGUUGAUUAUUAGGCCUAACGAAGUAAAACGAGAACAGAAAAGCAAGGAAGGAAUGAUAAAUAAUGUGGAAAUCGCAAGGACUCAAUAGCUGAUCUCGAUAAAAAUAUACUUGUAGUUUGGUUUUGAAUAAAGAAGAUAUGGUUAAGUGAUUUUGUUGCAAACUCUGCAGCUAACAGAUUAUGGGUGAAGCCGCAGCAGUUCCACCAAGGUCUUUUUAUCAACUGCAUUGCAAAGUAAAUGGAGCUAAACUUAGAGAUGGCAGUGGUAGCUGGUUUGGGAGCAAGAUUGAUCCAUAUGCAGAGCUUGUUGUGGAUGGUCAGCGGCCAAGGAAAACAGAUGUUGCGCGAAAGACAUGGGAGCCGAAGUGGACAGAAGACUUUACAAUCUUGAUAACACCACAUAGCAUUUUGGAACUCAAAGUUUUCAACAAGCAGACGAUCAAAAGCGACGCACUGCUUGGGUCAACAAAAGUCGAUUUGUAUGAUUUGCUCAAAGCGAACAAUGGGACUUUAACAAACCUGGCGCUUAAACUUCCCCUCUUGGCAGUGAAUGAGACUGUGGUUGGUGACAUCGAAAUUGUAUUGACUGGAUUAUCUUUGGAUAUAGAUGCGUUCAGACCGAGGAAUGAUAUUCUUUCAAAUGUGAGUAAUGGAAGUGCGGCUGCAAGAGGAAGCCCUCCGCAGUCUAAUGCCAACCGUCGGUCAGUGGCUGGAGAAAGCAGUCCCACAAGCCCGAGCAACCAGCCGCUGAAUCGAGCUGCUACUGUUCCAAGAGCACAGCCCCCACGGCCGCCACAGCCGGCGAACAGCAACAGACACAGUGUAACCCAAGCCCCUUUGAACAGCAGUGGUAACAGCAAUACCUCUUUGUCAGCUGCUGGCGCCCCGCCUGCAAAUAGGCCGGCCAAUGGACCACCGAAUGGAUCACCUACUGCUACCAGUGGGGCUGCUGAAGAACCUCUUCCUGCAGGAUGGGAACGGAGAUUCGAUCAGUAUGGGAGACCGUAUUAUGUUGAUCAUACAACCAGAUGCACCAGUUGGGAACGGCCUCAACCUCUUCCAUCAGGAUGGGAGCGAAGGGUUGAUGCAAGGGGCCGGACGUAUUAUGUUGACCAUAAUUCAAGAACGACUACUUGGCAGAGACCUACCGUAGAAUCAGUGAAUAACUACAAUCAAUGGAGGUCGAACCAGGAAAGACACGUCACCCAAGAACGGGAACAGUAUCAGCAAAGAUACCUUCUGCUGAAUCAACAAAAUCAACAAAAUCAACCUGCUGGGGGAGCCCCUGCCCCGCCAGCAACAAAUGACCCACUUGGCCCCCUUCCACCAGGCUGGGAAAAACGUGUUCAUGACAGUGGUCGAGUGUACUUCGUUGACCAUAACACCAGGCAAACACAAUGGGAAGACCCAAGAACAACAGGGAUCCUUGGCAGCGCACAGCCUCUCCCUGCCGGCUGGGAAAUGCGGUAUACUCCCGAAGGACUCCCUUACUUCGUCGACCACAAUACUAGAACAACGACAUUUACAGACCCACGCACAGGACAGGCAGUCAAUCGAUCAGCUGCCUUAGGGACUAUUGCAUACGAAAGAAGUUUCCCCUUUAAAUUGAUGCAAUUCAGAAGGCUGUGUCAGGACUAUGCUUUGCCAAGCCACGUCAAAAUUCCAGUCAGCAGAAACAACAUUUUUGAGGAUUCCUUCCAGCAGAUUAUGCGCCUCAACCCACGUGAUCUUACUCGAAGACUGUACAUUAUGUUCAAAGGCGAAGAAGGGCUUGAUUAUGGCGGUGUAGCAAGGGAAUGGUUUUUCUUGCUGACACACGAGUUUAUGAAUCCGAUGUAUUGCCUUUUUGAGUACACUGGGCAAGGAAGCUACACUCUUCAAAUUAAUCCAGGUUCAUAUGUGAACCCUGACCAUCUCGAGUAUUUCAGAUUCAUCGGCCGAGUUGUUGCAAUGGCGCUGUAUCACGGGAAAUUUAUCGACCGAGGCUUCAGUAUGCCAUUUUACAAGAGAAUGUUGGGGAAAAAGCUGGUUUUGCAAGAUCUGGAAACUCUUGAUAACCAAUAUUACAAUUCUUUGUUGUGGAUCAAGGAGAACGAAAUCGAUGAAUGCGCCCUUGAUAUGUAUUUCUGCACCGACAUGGAAAUUCUUGGAAAAACAACCACACAUGACUUAAAAGAAGGCGGAAAAGAUAUUCUUGUCACGGAUGAAAACAAAGAGGAAUACAUUGACCUUAUGGUUCAAUGGAGAUUUAGUCGUGGGGUCGAAGAGCCGCUGACCUCAUUCUUCAACGGAUUCAACGAAGUGUUGCCGAUGCACUGGCUUCAGUACUUUGACGAAAGGGAGUUGGAGCUGAUACUCUGCGGAAUGCAGGAGUAUGAUAUAGAUGACUGGCAACGCAACACUGUGUACAGGAACUACACGAAAACAAGCAAGCAAGUCAUUUGGUUUUGGCAAGCUGUCAAAUCGUACGAUAACGAAAAGAGAACGAGGCUGCUACAAUUUGUGACUGGCACGUGCAGACUUCCUGUCGGUGGCUUUCAGGAUCUUAUGGGGAGCAACGGACCACAGAAGUUUUGCAUAGAAAAAGUUGGGAAGGAAACUUGGCUACCCAGAAGUCAUACUUGUUUCAAUCGUCUGGACUUACCCCCGUACAAAAGCUACGAACAGCUUCAUGAGAAACUCACUUUUGCAAUUGAGGAAUGUGAAGGCUUUGGUCAGGAAUAAUUAGCUUUCAAUUUAAUUACAUAUUUUCAAAACCAUGGUGGCAAUGCUGAUAAAUUUACCUUAUCUGGAUAUGUAGACGAGUUGAUGUAAUGCCAUAUGGUACUAUUGUAGAGUAGACACACUAUGGAAUAGACGAAAGUUGGAAGGGGGGUAGAUAAUUGUCGAAAACAUUUUAAUUAGCUAAUACAAGUUCAAUCGUCUGUUUGCGACCCCCUCCCCCUCCCCUCCCCAGCUGUCCUUGUGAUGUGUUUCAGACAUUCAAUCUGCUUUUGAUAAAACUAAUGAUAUCUAUUGUAGCAAAUUUAUGCAAAGAUAAAAUGUUGUUCUUUGUAGUCCUCGUACCUUCAAAGAGAUUCCAUUGGACUCUAAAAGAGUACGUACCUUCCCGAAGCAGAUACGUAGUUUGAAUUAGGAAAGGCGGCAUAUUGGAUUCAGAUUUUCGUCAAUGUGUAGAACUGUUCUCUAAGUGCGUAUCAAGUUGGUUGUCACAGCUCGCUUGCACAUUGUUGUUUGCGCUCUGGAACAACUUAAGUCCCCUUAACGCAAGUAUUGUGAGGUCAGUUAUUCAAUGGAGCAGAACUGCGGAAAGAAUGGGUUCCAAGUGAUUUAUUUUUAACUGAUACAAAUUCUUACCGCCUGCCUUUCAGUGUUUGGUUUAAGAAAAGCCCGUUUUGCCAUUUGAUAUUGAAGGCUGCUGCCUAGCUAGUCGCUCUAUGCGCCUUCCCAGUAAUGGAAAGACUUCUAAGUGCAACGUCUCCUUGGUGUGAUGCAUUAUCUAAUUGUCGAUCUUCGAGAAAUGUAUUUCGAAUUACUUGCAGUUAGCAGAAAUCUGUUUUUGCCAACCGAGUUUUUGUCGUUUUGCAGAUAACUUUUUUCGCGGUGCUGUCGUAUAUUAUACAUUAAUUCGGGGUGAAGAAAAGGUUUCAAAAUUGUGAAUUGUGAAAAAUGUGAAUUCUAUGUCCCAGAUAAGAAAGGGUCGUAAUAUAGCUGGUCAAGUGUUGGAAUCCACUUCUUGAUUUUAUUUAACCACCAGUAACUGAAAGUUGAAAACAUGAACAAAUUUUUAUGUUGUUGGUUGCUGCUGUCUUUCUUUCUCAUAAUUUUAGAUUUUUUUAUAUCUAAUAAACAAAGUAUUGAUGACCGUACAAGCCCGUGCAAUUUCAGGCUUCUGCAAAAUUUACAUUUUCGACAUCAAACUUAUGUUGAUCACUAGAUUUGUGAGAACUGGAAGCCAUUUAUCUUGAAACCAAUAAAAUUGUUGGUCUCCCCGAAGUCCUUUGAAGCCUUUUCCGGUAAUUCAUUUCAAAUCACUCGGCAGGGUCUUUUCAAGACGGAAUGAAAUCUAAAUAUUCCGUACACCUAAAAUACCCUUUGCAAUUGUAUUCAAAUUUAAAGCUGUUUCUUGAUUUCUUAAUUUUUGCCAUUGUUACAAUUUUAAUAGCCUACUCAUUUUUGCUUCUAGUUCAAAUCAAUUGUUGUUCGGUUGUAUAGGUUGGUGGUAUUUCUAUAUAGGUUAAUUGUCUCGGUAAUUUCUCAUUUUGUGUCAUUGUAGAUAGAGUAGAAGAGGUGCUUGAAAUUUGAUUCGACAAAUCGUUUACCGUAUAUUGCCGAGUGCAGUCUGUAAAAAAUGUUGUCGAGUGCAGCCAGCCCUGUAUAAGAUGCACCCCAUUAUGUCUCCCAGAGUGUCUUUACGCCAGUCAAAGCAAGAAGCUUACAAAGGCCAGACCCGUAUUGGCUAUAAAACAGUGUAUAUUCAUGUUUUGACUAUCGUGUCACCGUAUCAUUUAACAUCUUGGUCCACUCUGACAGAGGUUAUCGAAACCAUGUCCUGCUAUCGAGAAACCAUUUUCUCUCGAUAUUUAGCACCCAUGCGAGAGCCUACUAAAGAUUAUCUUUCAGGGGUUUUUAUUAUCGAUAUGUAUGUUCAUCAGGACAUUUUAAUUAUUGAAACCUAAAGUAGUAUCACAAAUGUAGUACUAAUCUGACUUUGCUAUAUGUAGAAUUUCGCGCGUCCCGUCAUGAUCUUUGUUUAUUCUGUUUAUAAGCGGCCUAUACGUCCCACUCAGGUGUUUUGGUCGUAGAUGGACUUUGUACUCGGCACAAUAUGGAGCGUCUUUUGCGGCAGCGUUUGUGACAAGUCAUUACCUGAAGAUUUCAAUUGGUUAGGCUAUCGUACUAUACUAGGCUGAUUGCAGCGUCUCCCUGCAAUUGUUAAGUCUGUUUUUAUUAUAAAGUUAGUAAAAAACCAGUCUAUCUCACCAAUUUCUGUCCUGUGCUGGUCCAUCCAAAGUCCUGUGUCACGAUGUCUUUCAAAAUAUUGACGUACCAUUUUUGAUUCAUAUAACUAUCAAUGUUUUAGAUAUAAGUUAUUCGUAGUGGUGUACUUGUCUAAUGAAAAUACUUUUGUAAAUAAAAA